AUGAGCUUACCUGAAGCAUUGUCGCAGUCUCCCGAUGAGAUGGUCAAUUUCACUCUCCUCAGUCCUGCAACUGCCCCGAUCCUAGCCCCGCGGCUGGGAAAUUUGGCUGUUGCGGGCAGAAAAGCCAUCCCGACGCCCAAUUACAUUCCCGUCACGUCGCGAGGGGCUGUACCUCAUAUUGCGCAUGAUGUGAUGCGCGACCAGACUGCGAUCGGCAGCCUGUUCAUUGGUCUCGAGGAUUGUAGACCGCCGAUAUACAAUGUACCAACUGCGCCGCAUGAAUCGGCGUUGCGCAAGUUCAUCAGUGUUCCUGAGGAUUUCCUGCUCAUUCUCGGUCCGCGACGGGUGCCUUCGAUCGCUUGCCCGCCGAACAACACGCCUAAUUCGAUCUCCAUAUUGACGUCGGUUGGGUUCAGGCAGCUUGAGGCUGGUGAAUAUGUGGAAGCAGUACGGAAACUACGGCCGGACAUCGUGGUGGGAUUAGCAGACUUGGCCCAGGGACAAACUCCCGGCACCAAGAGGAGGGUUAAGAUGGCUGACAGAACCCAUGCAUUCACUUCGCAUGCAACGGAGCAGCUCUAUGGUCAAACAGUACCAGAAGGAAGUCGGUCAAAAUCGGCAUACUUUGCGCCGGUGCUGCCUCUUGAGAACACGCAGCAAUCGCUCUACCUGGCCGACCUUGAGCAUGAGCUACGCCCUCACAUCUCCGGUCUCGCAUUGCACGAGUCGGCAUCGCUAUCGUUUCUCCCGGAGAAACUAGGCAACCUGCCCAGACUACUCUUCAGUGAUCCAGCUACACCACACGACAUUCUGCGUCAGGUAUCUCUCGGCGCCGAUAUCUUCACCAUUCCAUUCCUGGGGGCGACCUCGGACGCGGGAAUAGCCUUGGAUUUCACCUUCCCAGCCCCAUCCACAGUGGAGACGACUGCAAGCGAACCUCGACCUCUCGCAUUCGACCUGUGGUCCACGUCAUUCAAAGUAGACACAGCACCUUUGAACACAUCCUGCGAGUGCUACACAUGCAAAAACCACCACCGCGCCUACAUCCACCAUCUACUAUCCGCAAAGGAAAUGCUCGCAUGGACAUUACUCCAGAUCCAUAACCACCACACCAUGGACAAGUUCUUUUCCGCCAUUAGAGCAAGCAUCGAGCGAGGAACUUUCGACACAGACGCCGACAUGUUCCACCGGGUUUAUGCCCCAGAAUUACCCGAGAAAUCCGGCGAGGGUCCCAGACUCCGUGGCCACCAGCUCCCCGCAGCUGGACCUCACCAACCCCGCCGCUUCCCCCGCGUGUAUGGCCGUCUCGACGACGCGGCGGAGAAAUUCGCAGAGUCGGAGUCGUCCAUUGCCACGCCCGAUACGGGUGCUGAUGGACUAGAAGCACAUGGCUUUGCGCAGAAAACCUCCUCUUAG